GAGGAAAGGAGAAAAGAGCAGGACAAUGAAUAAAUAACCCAGACACAGAUCCCUAAAUGAAAGGUUAAUUGGAUUCUGUCUGAGGCGAAUUUAGAUGUGGUCUUUCUGAACUGUUGUACAGUGUCCACUUUGUAUCUCUGAGCGACACAAUUUAAUCUCUCUUAGCAGAUGUUCGGCAGUGCUGGUAUUACAGCGAUUACACUCUGGUCUAACCAUCCUCUCUGAUCUCUCCGUUUAAUGGCAGAUGACAGAAAUGGACGCCCCUCUCUCCACCCCCUGCAACAUCCAGAUUUGUGAGGUGACCUGCGACUCCUUCCGCAUUAUGUGGGACAUGACCCCUGAGGACAGUGCCAGAGCCACACACUUCUUCAUUGACCUAAGCCGCAAAGAGAGCAGGGACCCCAACCGCUUCAAACACAGGGAUGUGCCAACCAAGCUGGUGGCCAAAGCUGUGCCUCUGCCCAUGGCAGUGAGGGGACACUGGUUCCUCAGCCCGCGGACAGAGUACUGUGUUGCUGUCCAAACUGCUGUCCGACAGCCAGACGGCGACUACCUGGUGUCGGAGUGGAGCCAGGUGGUGGAGUUCUGCACCGGGGACUAUGCUAUGGAGCACCUUCAGCAGCUUCUUGACAAGGCCAAGGGCUCUGCAGGGAGGCUGCUGAAAUUUUCUGUGUUUUAUCGUAACCAACACCCAGACUACUUCGACUAUGUCAGGAGGGAAUGUGGCGGCCUGAUGCGUCCAGCUCUAAAAGACAUCAGUGGCAGUCAUGGUUCUCCUAUCAACGGCAAACUGCAGGGAGUCUUCUUCAGCUGCAACACAGAGUUUGAUACAGGCCUCCCUCCCAAAGACUCCCCAUACGGCCCCCUGCGUUUCCAGAUCCCAGCUGGACGCCUGCUCAACCCCAACAUUUCUCUGUACUUUGCAGACUUCUACUGUAUGUACACAGCCUACCACUAUGUAGUGCUGGUGCUGGCCCCUGUUGGCUCAGAGGGAGAUAACUUCUGUCGCACCCGCCUUCCUAUGCUGGACUUGGCCUCCAACCCCUUCCUGACAUAUAAUGCCCCCCAGAGACCGGAGGAGGAGCCUCUGUACUGCCAUGCCAGCGACGUCAUCCUUGAGGUGCUUUUCACGGAUCCGGUUCCUUUGGAUCAGGGCAGUGUGGAGCAGAUCAGCGGGCACCACCAGCUUAUGAGUCUGACUACUGCAAACGCCAAAAAAGACCCCAGCUGCAAAGUGUGCAACAUCAGUGUGGGACGCUGAGGGAGGUGUAGGACAAACCUGAUUGUGUGAGCCUGCAAUACUGAAAGCCACAGCGUUGCACAAGGCAAAACAGUUGAGACCAUCACGUGUAGGUCAGAAAACAGUGGAAACAGCCCACCUCUCGGGGUGCGUGCAUGCUGCUGCCCCUCUUCCCUCCUGCCUGGACUAGAAUAGUGAGUAUUAUAUAGAAGACUUUUACAAUGUGUUUCGCAGAGCUUCAUCAUGAUCACAGCUGGAAACACAGUUCAUCCAUGACUGCUGAACAAAACAUAAUUGAAGACAUGAUAAGCUUUAGAAGGCUGGAAAAUAUCUGUGCUCCUUAUUUAUUGAGAGUCGCCUGUGCUCUCCUGUACUUUUGUGGCAUUUUAUGAAAAUCUUUUUCGUCUGUCUAAUUUACAUUUUUUCCCUGAAGAUGUGUUUGAUUUAAUUUUUGUUAUGCUGUACUACUAGUCUGAUGUGAUUUAUCUUCAAGAAACUUGUGUUUGAAACAACCUUAAAGUAAAAACGCUAGAAGAAUGCCCUUUUUAAAACAUUGGAGGUCAUAACAAAUAUUUUCCUAAUUCUACUUGCAAUGUUCUCUCUUUUAAGUCACUGCCACAUUCUUUGUCUUAAAAAAGACUUACUACUGCCAAAUGUCUCAUAUUAAUUAUUAUUUUAGCUUAAACUCUAGUUUUCAGCAUCCCUGCCAAAUGCUCCAAUGCUUCUUAAAAAAAAACUCAUUGUAGAGUUAUGAUUUGGAAAUUGUGUAAAUGUUGCACAGCAGACUUUUACUGCUGAAAAAUAUGGUGCAAUGUGACAAUGAAAGCAGAGCCAUUCUGUGCUGGGGCUUUAGGAGGAAAGUAAUAGGGAAGAUAGGAUCCCAAAGUUCCCUGCAAUCAGUCUCUGACAGCAAGCCCCAGCUCUAUAAACAGGGCUGAGCUAAGAUUAGCUUCUCUCUUGCUAUGGGGUUUCUGUUUGUCCCUGCCCAGUAAUCUCUGACCUAUAUGGCAAUCCCAGAAAUGCCCAAAGUGAAAGGGAUCCCAUCCCUGGU